AUGUUGGGCUCGUCCACAUUUCGGCGUAGCAGGGCGCACAAUGCCUCGUCUUCUGGUUCCAGCAGCAGCAGCAGCACGCGCAGGAUGAUGUCCACCCUUGCUGCUGGCUGCGCCGCUGUGGCCAUGGUCGCUACGGGCGUGAGCGCCGAAAAGUCGGCAGGUCAGUAUGACACGGUGUUGGAUAACUCACUGGCAUCCGCAAUGAUGCUCGUGCUGGUCAAUGAGAACACUGUCGCUGUCAUCGACAAGGUGGAGAACAAUACCGCCAAAUUGGACAACACAGACAAGCCAGUCUGGGCCUCGCUGGUGGAUCUGGAAGAUUUCACCCCUCGUGGUGUGGAUAUCACCACCAACACUUUCUGCGCAUCUGGUGCCCAUCUGGGCAAUGGAUCGUUGUUGGUCGCUGGAGGCAAUCAGGCCAUUCAGGGAGGAGGUGCUGCUUUGGCGCAAGGUCAAGAUCCCAUGUCGGGCCCUUACAAGGAUACAGACGGACGCAAAGCGCUUAGAAUCAUGGAACACUCGGAUACCAGCGCAAAUUUGGAGUGGAUUGACAGCAGCCUGUUCAUGUCUUCUGCCAGGUGGUAUCCUGGCAUCGAGACGUUGGCCGAUGGCAGCAUCCUUCUCAUUGGUGGCGCCACUGGCGGUGGCUACAUCAACCGCAACACCCCCAACACCGACCCUGCGUUCCAGGGCGGCGCAAUCGACCGCCUCGACGCUGGCGGUUCCAAUCCCACCUACGAGUUCUUUCCCCCACGUCCCAACGAUUCCAAGCAGAUCAGCCAAUUCAUGGUGAAGACUAGCGGUGAGUCGCGAUUGCGCGCAGGGAGCCCUGGAACUGUUCAAUGCCGUCGGCCCAUGCAGCUCCAUUGCAAGGAUCGGAAAGGCUGACGCAAAGUAACCGCUCCUCGUCGCUCAGGUCUGAACAUGUAUCCCCACACUUUCUUAAUGCCAAGCGGCCUCCUCUUCAUGCAGGCCAACUACAGCACCACGCUUUGGAAUUUCACCGACAACACCGAGACUGCUUUGGCUGAAAUGCCUAAUCAGGUGGUCCGCGUGUACCCAGCAUCUGGCGCAACUGCUAUGCUUCCACUGACUCCCGACAACAAUUACACUCCAACGAUCCUCUUUUGCGGCGGUACUACACUGAGCGACUAUGAGUGGGGCAACUACACUGCUCCUACGGUCAACAUUUUGCAGAGAGAAGCGUCGAAGGAUUGCUCUUCCAUCACUCCGGAGGAUGCCAACGGGAAGCAGACAGGAGCUGGUUACGUCCACGAGGAGGAUCUGCCUCAAGGUCGUACCAUGGGUCAAUUCAUCCACCUGCCAGACGAGACGAUGGUCAUUGUGAAUGGAGCGAACAAGGGCACAGCUGGUUACUCGAAUGAGAGUUGGACCCAGACCACCUUCAACGGCCAGCCACUGCUCACCGAAGGUAUGAGCGCUGAUCCGACCUACCAGCCAGUGCUCUGGGACGGCAGCAAGCCCAAGGGACAACGUCUCACGACUUCUGGCUUUGGUGUCUCUCCCAUCGCCAGGCUGUAUCACUCCAGUGCCAUCCUUCUUCCAGACGCAUCCGUUCUCAUUGCUGGCUCCAAUCCUCAUCAAGAUGUUUCUUUAACCAUGCCCAUCGGCAGCUCUCCCCAAGGAUACAACACCACCUACGAGAUGGAGAAGUGGUACCCACCAUACUACUUUAAGGAACGCCCUCAGCCUCAAGGUCUUCCCAGCUUCAUCCUCUACGGCGGCUCUACAUGGAAGUUCAAGAUUGACGCCAACUUUAUGGGUGCCAACGACGCUGCCAAUUAUCGAGCUGAGCACACCAAGGUGAUGGUCAUUCGCGGUGGUUUCUCCACACAUGCUAUGAACAUGGGCCAACGAUCCAUGCGACUGCAGCACACCUACACUGUCAAUGACGAUGGUUCCGUCGACUUUGAGGUCAUGCCCAUGCCACAGAACCAGAACGUCUUUGUUGCUGGCCCUGCGCUCCUCUUCAUCACUGUCGAUGGCGUUCCUUCGCCAGGCAAGUACAUCCAGAUCGGUUCGAGGUCAUUCUCAGGCCCAGUGCCUACCACGUACCAGACUGGCUCCAACCCGUCUCUUCCGCAAGCCAAGCCCAACUCCAAGUACACCAAGGCACCGCCUUCCAAUGCUGCGGAGGAGUUUGGCAUCGGCAAGAUUGUCGGUAUUGCUGUUGGUGCCGCAGCCAUCAUUGCCCUGAUCCUCCUCGGCUUGUGCUGCUGGCGUCGGGCUGCCAACCGCGGAGGUGCGGCGGGAGCGGGCGCAAAGCGCGGAGCGGCAGGUGCUGCUGGCGCGGGAGGAGCCAUCUACGGCAUGAACAACUACGCCAACGGAGGACGCGGAGGCGAGUACAAGCGUGUGGACACGCCGAACCCCAAUAUGCACAACUAUGGCGGAAACUUGGGAGCACGGGCGAGCAUGGGCACGUUUGACAGUUAUGGAGGAAGCAUCCCGGGCACGCCUGGACAGAGAUACUUUGAUAACCCAGGAGCGGGACAGAGGGAGCCCUUGGCACCAUCACCGCUUGCUCAGCCUUCGCAUUCUCCCAACCCUGCGGGGCAGUAUCAGCAACAAGGAUGGGGAGAGCACCAGGCUUCGGGGGACGUGGGAGAGCAGUACUAUCAUAAUGGAGGAUAUUCGGAUCCUUCUCAGUACUACGACCAGCCUAGCCAGCACGGAAGUCGGAAUGCCAGCGGAUACUCGCAGGGUCAGGGUCAACAUCAGCAGAGCUAUUCUCAGCAGCACGACUACUUUCGCAGCGAAUCAUGA